UUUCUUUCAAAGCCUUAUAUUUAAAUUAAAAAGAAAGGCGUUUUCGGUUUUUUCUUUUCCAACAACACAAAUCUUAAGCUACAACAUAACGUUUCUAAUUGAGCCACAGUUUCGUGAAAGUGUACUUUGUAUAAAUUCUAAUUUUUGUUUUGAUUGAUGUCUUUUUGUGGACUGUCAAGCACUCUUUUAACUAAAGCAACUGCAACGUAGUGCGUUUCACUAGGUUGAAAAAAAAAUUAUUUUCUUGCAUUAUUAAAUGGUACGUUCCAAUUCACGUCCUUACUGACGAUUUAUCUUCUGAAACAGACCUCCGAUAACUGUAAUGAAAAAAAAAUAUUUAAUGCAAUGUACGUUUUUUUACUGAAAAGAAGCAUGAUUAUUUAAUUCUUCAACGCGAUGCAAGACGUUAUGAUGUAGUUAUCAAAGAGAUAUUUCAAAACGAAUUUUAUGGAAGCAGAAAUUGCCAAUUUUGUUUUUUUGUAGAUUCUAUCCAUGAUAACAUCGUCCAAUAAAUUUAAUAUUUGUUUUUUUUUGCCAUUAUUACUUUAAUGUUUUUCAAUUUUCAUUUUAUAAAUUAUCAGAUAUUUCUUAAAAAGCAAACAUUAUUCUAUUAUUUAAAUAUGAUCUUUUUUUUAUAAUUCCGUAAUAGAUCAUGGAUUUUUUGGGAAAGAUUAAUAUGUUUAAAAAAAUCUUCACAAAUAAUUCAUACAAUGUGUCCAACACAUUGUCAUCUUUGAAACCCGUUAACAAAAAAUACACCGAUACCGUCUCCUUUGAAAGUUCGUUAAAGAAAAAGCCAGAUUAUAUUUUAAUAAAAACUCUUGGAACGGGAUCUUUUGGACGAGUUUUUUUAGGAAAAGAUGUCAAUAACCCGGCCAGAAACCCCGUAGCAAUUAAACGCCUUGUUAAACAUAUGCUUAUACGUCAAAAACAAGUCGACCACGUUAUUUCGGAACGGGCUAUUUUAUCAUGUGUUAGCCACCCGUUUUUAGUGAAAAUGUAUACGACAUUUAAAGAUGCUCACUAUCUUUAUAUUGUUCUUGAAUUCGUUCCUGGUGGAGAAUUUUUCACAUUCUUAAGAAAGUCACGUCGCUUUGAAAAUAGCGUUGCGUGUUUUUAUGCGUCCCAAAUAACAUUAAUUUUUGAAUAUUUACAUUCAAAAAAUAUAGUUUAUCGCGAUUUAAAACCAGAAAAUCUUUUGAUAGCUCAAGAUGGUUAUUUAAAAUUGACCGAUUUUGGUUUUUCUAAAUUAGUAGAUUCUCGAACUUAUACUUUGUGUGGAACACCAGAGUACAUUGCACCAGAAAUCCUUACGUAUAAAGGUCAUGGAAAGCCAGUCGAUUGGUGGACACUGGGGAUUCUUAUAUAUGAAAUGCUUGUUGGGCACCCGCCUUUUAUUGAUGAUGAACCAUUGGGUAUUUACCGAAAAAUUUUAGAUGGAAAAAUUAUUUUUCCACGUUAUUUUGAUAAGCAUGCUAAAGCCUUAGUUAAAAGACUUUUAACGCAUAAUUUAGGAAAGCGCUACGGAAAUUUGUUAAAUGGAAUUAACGAUAUAAAAUUUCAUGCGUGGUUCGCAAAUAUUGAUUGGGAUUACCUUUUGAAUAAAAAAAUAACUCCUCCACAUGUACCGGAGAUUCAUGAGUUGGACGCAACCUUUUAUUUUGAAAAUUAUCCAGAAACUGAAGAUGUGCCUCCAGUCGUUACGGGUGACGAAGACCCCUUUAAUGAUUGGUAAAUACAAAACUUUACUAUAAUAUAGCUGUUUUUUGAUUAAAUAAAAUACCAUUAUUUGUUGUCAAUAUAAAAAAAUGUAGUUAAAGGUUUUUUUUUUUUUUUAACUUUCAUGGUGCCAAAGAAAAGCAAACUAACAAAAGACACACUGUACAUGGUAUAAUCUUAAUACG